AUGUCGAAGCUCUCGCCCAGCCUCAAGGCGCUCAUCAACGCGCCCUUUGCACGGCCCGGGCCUCACAGGAUCGCAAAGGGCGCUGCGGCGGCGGCGGCCGUGGGGGAUUUGUUCCGGGGGAUUGCGGGCGAGGCGAGGGGGAACGGGGUUGGUGCGAGGGCGUGGCUGGCGAUAUCUGCUGCUGCCACGUUUACGCUCAACUCUCCCGAUGCGCUAUCUAUCCUGCACAACGUCGCGUCGGCGGAGCGAGGGGAUUCCCAGGCGGCACAAGUCCGCACGGCAGAGUUCAUCCGCGAAGUCGGCCUCAAGUGCAUCUCCUUCAACGGCAUCCCGCGCACCAUCAACUGCCUCAACGCCUUCCACGCAUCACUCCCCCAAGGCAUAUCCUCUUGCUUGUCAACCAAGCCCUCCCGCACCCUCAGGUCAGACAACGUCGAGAGGGUAAAGAGCCGGGGAAGAGGGCUGUGGGACUCGAUUUACGCCCCCUUUGAAGACAAGCUCGUCGACAAGCUGGGGACUUCGCACCCCGACCUGCCCGUGGUGAUAUUGAACUGCCAUUACGGACCGCUGCUGUCUGAUCCCGAGGGCGAGGACAGAGGCGUGGGGAGGGUGAUGACGAGCCUUGUGGCGGUUGCGAGCCUGAGGGCGCAGACGGGGGUUGGGCCGCAGGUGCUCUCGCACGUGUUUGGGCUGCGCAAGGCUGUGGACGAUGGGUCCUUUCGGGGGGAUCUGGAGGAGGGGGUGAGGUGGCUUGCGGGGGACGAGGGCGGGGAGUGGGUGUUGAAGACGGUGGAUAGGAUUGUGGAGGGUUUGGGGGGGAGUAACUUUGCGGCGAAGCUGUGA